GGAUACUCUCAUCAUAUGAUUCAAUCGUCCUAAAUAAUGACAUACAUCUUCUGGCUACUAAUAUUCAUACAGAUACUCCCAUAUGUCAUAGUAUUGAUUUUACUUAACUGCUCUAAAUAUGUUACCGUCAAAUAUAUUGCGUGGCUAUCACUAAGACAAGUGACUAUACGAUUGAAAACCACAAAGAUCCACAUCAGGAAAAUUUCACUACGGUUUAACUUCUUUAGGUCCAAUGAAACAUCGGGGUUGAAAUUGAUCAACUUGGAAAUUGUUGAUGUUGAAGUGACAACCCUUGAGUCGGGACAGCAAGCUGGCCAUGAUACUCCUGCUAAACCUGCCAAGACUAGCAAGGGUGGAUCAUUGAGUCGAGCAGUCACGUUUCACAUGUCCAAAAAAAUAUAUUCAUUUAUUGAAUCACGAAUUUGCAACAGAAUCAAUAUACAUGUGUUUCGAUUGGCCGUAAAAGGCAAAACCAGUAUAUUUUGCGACUAUACAAGACUCCAAGUGACAAUUAAUGAGCAACAUGACUUUAGAUUUACAAUCACUAUGUUGUCAGGUCUAAUAGCCAAAGAUAAGAAACAGAAUACACAUUUAUUGCGAAAUUUGGAGUUUUAUAUCGAUUGCAAUUCAGUUACAACUUGUAACGACCAGAACAGAGUAAGUUUACAGUUGAUAAAUUUCAAAUUUGCAUUAUCUAUUGGAAGGUUGAACUUGCCAUUGGAAUAUCUCGAACUAUCCAAGCCUAGGAAGGAGGUUUCAAAAGGCCCAAAGGAAUUGCCAGAUCUUCUCAAAUACGUUGGACUUUUACAAGAAUUCUUAGACUUUUUCUCAUCAGCUGAAAUACGAUUAGAAGAUUUCACGUUGUCUCAUAAACAACUAAGCAUAAACUUGACUUCAAUCAUAUCACUAACCAAAAUUGAUAAGGACACAUACUCAAACUUUAAACUUUCAUGGUAUUUAACUUCAUUUAAACUAUAUCACAAGGAGACUCAAUGUGUUGAGAUACCGUCAGGAACAUUAAACCAUGAAUUUGACCCAUUGGAAGCCGUUAGAGUAAUGAAUGCAUUGCUUCAUCGACAAGAAUCACAAGAUACAAUUAAUUUUAACAUAUCUUUGAUUCUCACCAGUCCGACCAUUGAUGUUUAUUAUGACCAGCAAGAAAUUUUAUUUGCCAUUCAAAGGAACAAGAUGAUGAAACGAAUGCAACAAUCAACAGUCAAGAACGAUAUGGCUAAUGAAAUACUUAUGACUAUUGUGCAAAUGAUAAGGUCUAUAUCAGGAACCAUAGAUAUAGUAGAUACCCAUUUGAAUAUUCAUUUACCUGCUAGAGAUUCAAAACAUGAAGAUUUCAACCGGAAUUCUAAAUCGAAUUUAAUUUUCAAAUGCUCAUUGCUGGAUCUUAUGGGGAAGAUCUUCACGAGAAGGAGAAGAAACAAGACUACUAUUGAUUCAUUGAUCAAACUUAAGGAAUUUAGAAGUGAAGUUGAAGGAAACAGGAUUCUGAUUUCAAAAAUUACUUCGUUGAUAACAUACAAUGUUUUAAGCAAUACAGUAGCUAUACGAGUUGCAAGUAAAAUCGUCCGAAUGAAAUCAGUUAAUGAUAUGUUCUUCCAUAUUGUUCGACAAUAUCGUAAUCAACAACGAAUAUUCAAUAAUGAAAAGUAUAAAGAAUGGAUUAAAUCGGCAGAUUAUGAGGCAUUUAUCGAGAAUAACCAUACUUUCCAACCAGUCAAAUCCGAUUAUCUACAAUUAUUUGAAAUUAUUCCUUCAAUUGUGACUUCGAUUAAUGUCAAACUUGGUACUAUUUUGUUAGAUAUAAUAUGUAAAGAGGGAUUACCAUCACAUAUGAUUUAUGACGAGAACUUACAGAAAGAAGUUGAUUUAGCUGAUUUCAGAAGAGGAAUCUCUCUCAGAAUCAAAGAUACUCGUUUCAUAUAUAAACUGAAAAAGGAGCACGUGGAAUUGACUAGUAAUUGUGUUGAAUUGUACACAUUAAGCGAAUAUGAUUCCGAAUAUAUUGAAGAUUUUGAUCAAGUUACCGAAUACAGUGAAACAGAUUCUGAAUACGGUGAUUUGUCAAGUAUCGAGACCCUGAAUGAUAUUGAAGACGAAGAAGAUGAACGAGAAGACGAAUGUACCAAACGAAUUAAAAGAGUUCUUUCAAUCAGUGGUAUUGAUCUCUCCAACAAACACAAAUCUGACGAUAUCAACAAGUUAAUAUUGACAGUACCCUCGGUGGAUGCUCGUAUAGAUAUGUUUUUUGUAUGGUGUAUCUUUUAUGCCAAGACAAUGGUUGAGAGAUUUGCGCCCACUGUUGAAAGCAAUUGUUCCAAGGAUAUGCUUAGACAGAUAGCACCACGAAAGAAAAUCAAAUUGGAUGUUAAUCUUGAUUCAGUAGCUUUAGUCACCAGACUUCCUCGCAAAGUGGAUAUUUUGAUUGAGGUAGACACUGCACAAUUCCGAAAUGUAUCAUCAUUAAAAUCUGUUGAUAUUGGUUAUGCUAGAUUAUAUGUUAUCCAACCCGCCACCAAGCUUUGGGCACGAUUAGUAGUUAUCACACAAACGAAGUUGAAUAUUGAUCUUCGUGGAAAGACAGAUAUCACUCCUGCAUCAAUUAGAUUCAAUGUACCUAAUAGGUUCUUGAUGUAUACCGUUAUCGACAAUUUAAUCACCUUUUUUAAGGCCAUCAAACAAUUGAAGCAUAAUUUCUGGGGAGUAAGUUUAGAGUUUGAUAAAUUUGAGAGAUGUUAUCCUCUGCAAAAAUUGCAUCCAAUGAAAUUCCCAUGCAUUAGGAUAAGAACAAAUAUUUUGGGGCUUGCAUUGGAAAAUGAUGCAUUUGAAAAUGAAUUGGCGAUGAUUUAUGAAUUGGGGAUAGUUGAACACAAAGAAAGAUUAAGAAAACUAAAGAUUUUUGAGAAGAAAGCAGAAGAGAUACUAUCCCAGGCUCAAGAGGAAGAUAUUGAACACAAGAUUGAAUUGUCAGAAGCUGUUCCCUUUGGACCAAGGUUAAAUGAACAUAGGCCCCAUAGUCCAAAUCCGUUUAAAGCAGCAGAAUGUAAGAUAUCUCAAAGCACAGCCAGAUUCAAAGAGAGAGUGAGUAAACUAAGUAGAAAACCCUCGAAGCCAGCUGAGCAAACUUCUAGUGAUCCAGAAGAGCCUCCCCUUUCUUAUACCGUUGCAGAUGCAUUAGAUCAAAUUGAAGCAGCCAGGUCAAGACUUUACGAAAAUAUGUCUACUGCAUGGGUUAACAGAUAUCGAUUUUUCCGUAAGGAGAAAACUGAAAGCUGGAGAACAAGAACCGAGGCUGUGUGGGGCAAAGAUGAAAUUAGAACCAUCAUCAAACAGAAGUUUUCAAUUUUGGCAUAUGCUCAAGGUGCACCAUUAAUGGGAGCUGUAUUCAGGGAUGUUGAUUUAACAUUAGAUAAAUUUAAUGAUGGUGACUUGGAUGAGUUUAUAUAUAAUAAUGCCAGGAAACAGCCAAAGUUGAAGUAUUCUAUUUUAGCACCAUUUCAUAUCGACUUGGUUGCGAAAAAGCUUUAUAUGUUUCUUCGAGAUUAUCCACUACCGCUAAUAUCGUUCCCACCGAAUAGUGAUGCUUCGAAACCUACCAUACACUUGCAAGGAAAUAUAGUCAUCAAUGAGAAAUUGUACGAAAUGCAAGAAGAACUCAGAUAUAUUUUUGUUCCAUUUUCACCUGCCUGUAUUGAUAAUGGCAAAGCCGAUAACUUUUAUUCUGUGUACGUUCCAAGAACCUUAACUCCAGUGAAAAUGAUUGCCAAUAUCCAAUGUGAUUUAAACACCGAUCGUGCAUGUAUGAUUAGUUUCUGUAAGUCAUACACUCCUUCUUUAAGCCUCAUGUUUAGAGCCUUUGAUAAUUUUACCAAGCCAGCAAUUGAUGAUAGUCCAAUAGGAUGGUGGGAUAAAGUUCCAUUGAUCUUACACGGAAGGAUCCAGUUUAAUGUUCACAAUGAAUUAUGUUUACAUAUGAAGAGUUCCACUGAUCCCUAUGCACUUGUAGGAGAUGCUGCUGGGUUUGUUUUUUGUUGGAAGAAUAAUGUGGAAUUGGCUAUUGAUGGUAAUAUUGACAGUAGAAAAUUGAUUACCUUAUCCAGUGAUGAUUUCUUAUUUGUAAUUCCAAAUUAUGGUGCUCUGGCCAAGGAAGCAUGGAGUUUAUUUUAUGAUGAUAAAGACGAUUUGACAAAUCUUGUUGAUGGGGAGUCAAAGAAGUACUUGAAACGAGUUAUUAAAUUGUCGAGUAAGAGCAGAGUCAAAUGGACAUUUGGGAUGAUGUUUGAAAGGAAUAAGCAUGAAUCCAAUAACUUUUCUGAUAAUGAAUUGCGUACUAGUGAGUUCAAACCCCAUUAUGAAGUUAUUGUUACCAAUCCCGCCAAUAGUUAUCAUCCUGAUUCGUACAAGGAUUAUAGGUCUCAUUAUAUCCACAUGGCUCUUGCUGUGAUUUCCAACUCAGAUACAGGACAUUCAUAUAAUGCAGCCCAUCUUACCCCCUUGACAUUUCAAUAUUUCUUCCGUUGGUGGGAUUUGUUAUUACAUCACACAGUUAUGCCAGUUCGAAAUGGGAAUUUGUAUAAAGGCGAUCUGUUGAAGAAGAAGCUGGUUCUGAUGGGUAAGCACUUGUUCACUAUCAAGUAUCAAUUAGUAUUUAAUCCGGUAAUCAUUUCGCACAUGUACCUCCAUGCCAGUAACGACGUGCCUGAUAAGAAUAAUCGCGUGCAGUUCACAGGAUUGAAAUCAAGGUUUACCAAAUUUGAAGUUGAUAUGCAUCAAAGGCGAGAGUUGAUUACUUAUGUCAAUAAGAAAUUAAAUAAACGUACCCAAGUACGUCAUUUGAAGAUGAAUCAAGUUGAAGUAAGUACCGAGAAUAUGGACGUGAGGUUGAUUAGAGCUACAUUCCCAGAUCGAUGUGUAACCAGUAAAGUUGCUCAGUAUGUCAAGGGAGAAUUGAUGUCUUCGGCAUCAAGUAGUUCAUCCAGUGAUGGAUCAUUGAAUGGACGUACAUUUCUGGAUUGGAUGGCUGAUAUUGAUUCGUAUAAUCAAGACUAUUCAUGGUUAGAUCAAGAAGAUUUUAUCGAAUUGGAAGUUAAGGAACCACUUUCUCCAUAUCCUAAAAUUAGAAUUGUUCCAUUUUUGUUUACUCCAAAGUUUAGUUAUUUCCGAGAGUUCACCAAGGAACUGGAGGGACCAUUCCCAUUUGGUAAUGAACCUAUUCAUGAUUGUUUAAUGGAUUUGGAAAAGCCUGCUGCUGUGCAAAGACGGAUUCUACAACAAAGAAUCGAUCGUCUCGAAGAUGAGUUAGAGUCACAACAGAAAUUACUCGAUAGGUAUAAACUUAACGCGCUGCCUGAAUUUGAAGAUGAUAUCAAGAAUUUGGAGACUAAUAUACUACUGUUGAAUGAGAAGAUAGAAGUGGUAAGUACGGCACGGGAUGAAUUUAUCGAAGAACAAGUUGAUGAUGAAGACGGAACAUCGUUAUCGAAGCAAACCUCGAGGCUAUCUGCCUAUUCAGGCCAUUUGUCUAAUGAUAUUCUUGAUGGAUCGGUUUCCCAGUUUCAUAAUAGAUUCAUUAUACAUAACUUGCAGAUGAAGUGGGAUAAUCAGUUGCGUGAUUACUUUCUUUGCUAUUUGGGAAAGGUUGGUGAUAGAAAGAAUAAUGUGUUUUUCAUGUCUAAGGCUGCCGUGGAUUUGGUAGAGAGCAUAAUCAAUGAGCAACAGCAAGAAGAGGAUGGAUUAAAACCUGAAAGUAUUAAACAGCACCGGUCAUUCGACCCAAGCGACUUCAAGACAAGCGAACAAGUAAUUAACAGUUUCCAUGAUGAGUUUGAUCAAGUGAAUGAAGACGAAGAAGUCGACAACAAGUAUUUGAUUAAGUUGAUACAUCCUCAGAUUCAAUUGGUAAGUAAAAAGAAUCCCGAUGCAUGUGUGUUGAUUACGGUUCGUGAUUUGGAAAUACGAAUUAUUGGUGUCAAUAUGCGUGAUAUGGUUAAUACUAUGGAUGAAAAUACGGAAAAUUGCAGCAUGGUGGAAAGAAGAUAUGGGGUAUUGUUAAAGGAUGAACAAAUUUUCGUGGUUUGUAAAAACUCAAUUGUUGAAAAAACUGAUCCUAUGAUUUCCAACUUUGUUUCUGGAUACUCUACUGGUGCUGAUAAUUGGCCACCUUGGUUUGAAUGUGAGGUUUGUUACCAAGGUAAUAAUUCAAUCAAUAGUCGAUAUAUGGUGAGUGAUAGAAGCACAAAGGCCGUAAUGUAUAAACAAAAGAAUCCAUUGUUUGUGGAAGCGUCUAGUAGAUCAGUUGAGAAAGAGCUUGUGGUUUACUUGGGUAAGUUUGUGAUUAAUGCUACUUCAGAUCAGUAUUCAUGCAUUUAUUACGUCUAUAGUGACUUGUUAUUCCAUACUAGGACAUCCAAGGAUGAUGUUACUGGAAGGUUAAAGAAGGUUAUGGCAUUGAGUGAUUCUACCGAUUUCCAUGGAUUGGAUAUUCGAGUCAAGACACUUCAAGAUCAAAUCAGAGAAUACCUGGAGCUAUUGCUAAGCUUUGAUGUUAAACGUGCCCAACACCAUGACUUUGAAAAAGAAUCAUUGGCAGUUUUACAAGUGGAAUUAGUCAAGUUGAAAUUUGAAUUGAUGUAUGUUAUGAAGGGAAUCUCGUUGAGAUUCAAGUCCAAACAAAUCUCCUCGAGUUACUGGAAUGUAUUGGCUGAUCAAAUAAUCUGGCACUUCUUGGAUGAUAAUCGUGAACCAUUCGUUGAUUUUGCAUUAGGGAACACCAGGUUUACUAGAACCGAGUCUGCAGAUGGGACUAAUGUGAACAAUCUCCAGGUUUCGUUUCUCCAAGGAUUUAACUUACAGAAGGAUGCGUUAUAUCCCCAAUUGUUAACACCAUAUGAAAGUGCGCCCGAUGGGAAACGAUUGUUGAAUAUGUCGUGGACAUUGAUGGAACCUAUAGGUGGAAUUCGUAUUGUCAAGGAUGCUAAGGUGGAAAUACAGCCAUUGCAGCUUGAACUAGAGUUUUCAACUGCCAAGAAAUUGGUAUCCUAUUUGUUCCCCAAAGAUGAUUCUGUUGACAUGGAUGAUCUGCAAGAACAUGAUGACUUUGAUGAUAUUUUUGAACAAGAGGAGGAAGGGUAUGCUUCUGAGACGAGUAGUAACAAGUCCAAUUCAUCCAAGAACCCAAUCAAGCGAUUGAUACAGAAAUCUAAACCGUCGUCGUCAAAUUGGUCAGCUAAUGCAUCGACAUCGGUUUCUGAUAAUAUGUCACCUCGGAACUCCAGUGAGAUGAGUUCUAUUACAUCUUUCUCUAAUGAUGAGUUUAGUGAAGGUACGAAAACAAAGACCAAGAAGCUGACAAGGUUGAAAAAGAAGCGAAUUGAAGAUGAUGAAGAUAACUUGGCCCUUGUGACUGCACGGUCCGCCAAGUAUAAAUCGAUAAUUCAUGUUGAAAUUGUCAAGUUUAUUCUAGUUGUCAGUUUCCGUGGACCAAAGAACAACCAUUUACUCGAUGUCAAUCAAUUGCAAUUGAAUGUGCCUAAUCUCACGUAUAACCACAAGAUAUGGUCAGGUGAAGACCUUAUGAAUCGGAUCAAAAAGGAUAUUAUUAAGAUGAUAUUGCAGCAUACAGGUAAGAUUCUUGGGAACAAGUUCAAGAUACCGAAGAAGAGAAGCAAAUUAUCGGAGCCAUUGAAGCAGAUAUCCAAUUAUGGGAAACUAUUGACGUUGGAUGAUUUGCAGCAACAACACCAAGGAAGAGAUUCGAUGGAUUCCUUGGACCUGCCUCGAUCAGAACUGCCACGAGUCACACCCAAACCUCAUGUUAUUAAAAAGAUGGAUGCUUCUGAUGCUACAUUUUCUACAUAUUUCAGAGACGAUUCGUCCGAUAUAAGCGGAGACGAUGAAAUGGUUGUAACUGUGUAAAACUAGUGUAACACUUGUAUAAAUUUGUAUUAACUACGUGUAUAACUUGCAAAGGAUAGUAGUGUAUUGU